AUCUAGGUUCCAAUUAACGUUGCCUCUAGUGGUAAAGGACAGAGACCCUCAGACUGAUGAAAUAGGCUCAGAAUUACUUAGACAAAGCAGAUAUUUGUCACUCUCUUCCCCUUCUCCUGUAUUUUACAGUGAAGUCAGCUGAACAAAAAACGUAGGGGAAUAUAAUGAGAGUAAAUACGGUAAUCUCUUCAUGUGCUAGUUCAAGCGCUGGACUUGGGACUUAGGAGUGGCAGUGGGGCCACUUAGAGCCCACAUCUGACUUUGACUGAAAUGUAGGUGAGAGACAAGAUUGUCUCAUAUCCGGGGAAAUCAUAACCCAUGACUAGGACGGGAAGAGGAAGCACUGCCUUUACUUCAGCGGGAGCCAAGUGUUCACAGUGAGAAAAGCAAGAGAAUAAGCUAAUACUCCUGUUCUGAACAAGGCAGCGGCUCCUCAGUAAAGCUACUCCUUGAUCGAUCCUUUGCUCCUGAUUGUUCAAAGUGGACCCCAGGGGAGAAGUUAGAGCAAAGAAGUUACCACCGCCAAGCAGUCCAAGAAACCCAGAAGCAAACCUGGAGGUGAGACCCAAAGAAAGCUGGAACCAUGCUGACUUUGUACACUGGAGGGACACAGAGUCUGUUCCUGGAAAGCCCACUGUCAAGGCAGAUGAGGAAGUUGGGGGUCCCCAAAUCUGCCGUGUAUGUGGGGACAAGGCCACUGGCUAUCACUUCAAUGUCAUGACAUGUGAAGGAUGCAAGGGCUUUUUCAGGAGGGCCAUGAAACGCAACUCCCGGCUGAGGUGCCCCUUCCGGAAGGGCGCCUGCGAGAUCACCCGGAAGACCCGGCGACAGUGUCAGGCCUGCCGCCUGCGCAAGUGCCUGGAGAGCGGCAUGAAGAAGGAGAUGAUCAUGUCUGACGUGGCUGUGGAGGAGAGGCGGGCCUUGAUCAAGAGGAAGAAAAGAGAACGGAUCGGGACUCAGCCACCGGAAAUGCAGGGGCUGACGGAAGUGCAGCGGAUGAUGAUCAGGGAGCUGAUGGAUGCUCAGAUGAAAACCUUUGACACUACCUUCUCCCAUUUCAAGAAUUUCCGGUUGCCAGGGGUGCUUAGCAGUGGCUGUGAGAUGCCAGAGUCUCUACAGGCCCCAUCGAGGGAAGAAGCUGCCAAAUGGAGCCAGGUCAGGAAAGAUCUGUGCUCUGUGAAGGUCUCUCUGCAGCUGCGGGGGGAGGAUGGCAGUGUCUGGAACUACAAACCCCCAGCCGACAAUGGCGGGAAAGAGAUCUUUUCCCUGCUGCCCCACAUGGCUGACAUGUCAACCUACAUGAUCAAAGGCAUCAUCAACUUUGCCAAAGUCAUCUCCUACUUCAGGGACUUGCCCAUUGAGGACCAGAUCUCCCUGCUGAAGGGGGCCACUUUUGAGCUGUGCCAACUGAGAUUCAACACGGUGUUCAACGCAGAGACUGGGACCUGGGAGUGUGGCCGGCUGUCCUACUGCUUGGAAGACACUGCAGGUGGCUUCCAGCAACUUCUACUGGAGCCCAUGCUGAAAUUCCACUAUAUGCUGAAGAAGCUGCAGCUGCAUGAGGAGGAGUAUGUGCUGAUGCAGGCCAUCUCCCUCUUCUCUCCAGACCGCCCAGGUGUGGUGCAGCACCAUGUGGUGGACCAGCUGCAGGAACAAUUUGCCAUUACCCUGAAGGCCUACAUUGAAUGCAAUCGGCCCCAGCCUGCCCACAGGUUCCUGUUCCUGAAGAUCAUGGCCAUGCUCACCGAGCUCCGCAGCAUCAAUGCCCAGCACACCCAGCGGCUGCUACGCAUCCAGGACAUACACCCCUUUGCUACGCCCCUCAUGCAGGAGUUGUUCAGCAUCACAGACAGCUGAGCGGCUGCCCUUGGGUGUCGCCUCCAAGGGGCAGCCAGACCCAGGGCCCUCUGAGCUGCCACUCCUGGGCCAAGACAGAUGGACACUGCUGAGAGCCGACAAUGCCCUGCUGAGCCUGCCUCCCCAGGGAACUCCUGCUAUGACAGCUGGCUAUCAUUCCUCAGAAAGGACAUGGAUAACCCCCCCACCCCUAGUUCAGUCUGCAGGGAGUGAAGCCAUAGACCCUUAUGUGGAGAGUGCACUGGCCUGUAGGUCACGACCGGCAGAGAGGCAAGGCUGCCGUUUUCUUCUAAAAGGCCCUGUGGUCUGGGAGAAAUCCCUCAGAUCCCACUAAAGUGUCAAGGUGUGGAAGGGGCGGCCAGGGCUGGGCCAUCUGGGGUCUAUGACCACAUACCCACGUUUGUUCGCUUCUUGAGUCUUUUCAUUGCUACCUCCAAUCGUCCUGUCUCCCACUUCCCACUCAUUCCCAAUCCCAGCCUCCUCUUCUGAGCUGCUUGGCGGGCUCCAGGCCUGUGCUCAUUGGCAGGUGCAUGAGUAUCUGUGGGAGUCCUCUAGAGAGAAGAGAAGCCAGAAGACCUGCACCAAAUGCCAAAAGCUUGGCAUGACCUCAUUCUGGCCACAUCAUUCUGUAUCUCUGCAACCAUUUGAACACAUUAUUAAGCACCAACAAUAGGUAGCCUGCUGUGGGGUAUACAAUGUUGACUCAGAUAUAGAUCCUGAGCUCACAGAGUUUAUAGUUAAAAAAAACAAAAAAAACAAAAACAAAACAGAAACACAAAUAACUUGGAUCAAAAGGAAAAAUGAUAAAUGACAAAAGCAGCAUAAGGAAUUUCCUUGUGGAUGCUGAGCUGUGAUGACAGAUACCGGGAACCCAAGUAAGGUUCCCGAGGACAGGAGUUUGUGGGAGUAAGGGCACAAACUUUGGCUGUGGGUGCGGAUGUGUGAUUUGGUGUAGGUAGGUCUGUUCCCCAUCUAAUGGGGCCUGGGUUUGUUCCUGGGGCUGGAAUGCUGGGUAUGCUCUGUGACAAGGUUACGCUGACAGUCAAACAUACCUGAGAAGAAUAAUUUGCAUGCACCUUAUAUUUCUAUGUACACAUCUAUUCUCCAAGCUAAAGGGUAUGAAAGUGCCUGCCUUAUUUAUAGCCACUUUGAGUAAUUUUUUUUUUUUUGCAUUUUCACAAAUUAUACUUUAUAUAAGGCAUUCCACACUUAAGAACUAGUUUUGGCAAAUGUGGUCCUGGGUUUAAUGUCAAAUUAAGGCAAGAGAAAUUAAAUAAUGAACUUUAGGCUAGAGAGGUAAACUUUUUUGGCCUUCUUUUCUGGG